GAUUGUCAAAGGGAAGAAAGAAGAAGUCAAAAAGAGCCGAAAAUCUCAUCCUCUCGACGACAUGCUCGUCGCCCUUUUCAUUUGUGUGUGACUCAUUCAUUCACGAGUAGCACGCAGUUUCGGACAGUCGCAAAAUUUAUUCCUUCGACUGAAAUAAGUGCAUCCUUCUUUUUGGAAGAAAAAGGAAGAGGAAAAAAAUGUCACCUACAGUGUGUCGCUGAAUCAGUUCAUAAUACAGAGAAAAAAAAUGUAAAAUCAACGCCCAUCGCGCGAGCUAGCCGAUUAAUGUAUCUCACGAGCAAAAGGUUGGACGUGAAACUGUUCCUAUGGGGCCUGUUUCUGCUGCAGAUAUUCCUAAUAUCGGUCUUCCUGGCGUUCGGGUCCCUGCUGGCCGCCAGCAGCUCGAUCCAGCAGGAUGACCAAUCGCCCGGAGCUCGGAACCGAUCGCAGCCCCGGUCGGCGGCCUGGUUCGACGUGAAAUUCGUCAACAAUCAGAGCUCUUCCGAAUCUCCGUCGCAAACCGCGGCCAUCGAGGGACGGCAGAAAGUGGUGGGCGGAGGACAUAUCAGACACCCACGAUUCCGGCCGCUUCAGCUGAAGACCAUCGCCAAGCCGGACGAUUACACCAAGUAUUAUAGGCCCAUCCACUAUCACGAUGGCUACCGAGAGCACACCCAUCUGUGCUUUAUCGAGGGAACCCAUUUCCCGACAGCGAAACCAAAAAAGAAAACACCUCCCACGGCACCGGGACGGCAACCCGUGGGACCUAUCACCAAUGAGACUGACUUCGAAGCAGGAGAGUUAGAUGUAGUAGUAGUAACAGAAGGAACGGAAGACGAGGAAGAUAAUGACAUGGACAAUGAAGUCCUAGUGGACGGGCGCUGUCGCUGUCUGCCUGAAUGGCACGGUCCAGAUUGUGGUCUGCCGGAAGUGCUCUGGCGAGCGUUCAUAGCCUCUCGUAUCCCACCGAGGAAUCAAACGGCAGCACCGCGGAAGGUGCCGAAGAAUGUGUUCUACAUUAUCGACGCCAACUUCAUCAGUGUGGAACUGCUGGAGAUUCAGAUCAUGGAACUGCUGGAUGUGGUGAGUUUGUUCGUGCUGUGCGAUCGGCAGCUGCCGGUCGCCGAUGGAGUGAAGAGUGAGACCUAUACGAUAGGACCGCAUGUGAUGAGUACUGAUUUUUUGAAGGCAAACCUAGACAAGAUUCUCCUGUUGGAGGAUCCAACGUGUAGCGGAAGGAACGUUUUCCGAAAAAUGAAAAAGUUCGUCCGCAAAAGUGAUAUGCAUGUGGAAGACGUGCUGCUGUACAGCCAAACGGAUGAGAUUCUGAAUCGAAGGGCAGUGAACUACUUCCGGUGGUACGACAACUGGCCGCAUCCGGUACGGUUCCGACUGAAGUAUACCGUCUUUGGCUUCUUCUGGCAGCAUCCGAAGAGCACCUUCAUCGGAGGGGCCGCCUGUCAAUUAAGUACUGUGGACGAAGCUUUCCGAUCCGACCCGGAAGCCCUGCUAAGGAUCGAAAAGCCGGUGAUGCUAAUUGGUGAUCUGAAUCAUUAUGGCGGUUGGUACUGCCAGCACUGCUACCAACUGAUAGAUAUAGUAAAAUAUUUAGAGUUUAUAACCUUAGUCAAUACUAAUACUAGCGCUAGCAUCAUUAGAGCCAACCAAUCGUCAUCGUAUCUUCCCGAUCCGAAAAAGAGUACCGUUAUGAAUGUGGAAUACAUUCAGAAUCUCAUUGCCAGCGGAAAGUAUUUCGAUGACAAAACCAUUCUCACUAAGCUGCAGCGCCACGUGGACAAGUACUAUGCGCCAGAGUAUGUGCACAAAAACAGCUGGCGGUUCGAUAACAUCGUCAUCAAUCUGUUUGCCCGCUGGGAAGAUAGCGUCAUCGAUGACGAGUACUUUAGUUAGACGCACCACAAUCAUCUCAACACUCAUUCAGCGCAUCAUCAUACCAACAUAAUCAACACAACAAUCGAUACUCUUCCUAUCAUAAUCAGCCAAAGUUUGGAAAUAGCCAAUUUAGAAACUUGAACAAAAAUUAAACAGCCAAAAUUACUCAACAAAACCUCUCAUUAUACCGUACUCUCAUCCCAAACAUCUCAACUGACUCAUAGAAGCGAGCUUGAUAUGAAAUGCAUCAAAAGGCAUCGCCUAAACCCCAAUGAAAAAAAAAAAACGAAUAUGAAACACUAGAUAGCUACCAAAAACAAAAUUUUGCCUGAAAAGAACCAGAAUCAAUACUCUGAUUUUCUGAAUUGAAUAUAAUCGGAAAUUAUUUCUAGUCGUUCGAAAACUUAAAAAAGAAAAUGAAAUACUAUUUUAAAUUGAAAUUCCUACGUAACACCAUAUGAUAGCACUCUGUCAUGGAGAUAAGAGUUACUGGAUCGAAGCGAAAGCGGAUGAAGGAAAUGUGAAUGUGAAACAAAAAAAAUCGUAAAUGCCACAAUACCCAACAAACGUCGAUGACACCCAGAAGUAUGUAUACCUGAUAAAUUGCAUAGUUACUAACACCAUUAUUGAUUCGAUUGAAUUAUAACGAACUAGAGUAAAUUUGGAACGGACUAUCGUUUUACUUAAUUCGGAAAAAAUAUAGGUACACUGUAGUAACGCGCAUUUUGUGAUUCAUUUGCUUCCUUUGUAGGUUUAACUUUAAUUUUAAUAAUAAACGUAUUUUGUGUCAUGUUGAUUCUUUCAGGAA